AUGUAUAUAUUAAAAUGUAAAAUAUUAAAACUAGACUCAUCUGUAACAUUUAAAAGAUUCUAUAAUCCACCUACAUUUAUUUACAAUUUUUUAGCUAAGAAGACAUGGAGUAAGCAGAAUCCCUUAUUUAAAACACCUCGGCCACUGGUCGAACCUUAUAACCUAGGCCGACUCCACCCUGAUAAGGAGUGGUGGAACCUUCCCAAAAAAGGCCUAAAGCCAGACACAUUCAUGGGCUUCCCAGAUGUUUUAAACAUCGAAAAACAUGGAGGGUCCCUGUAUACACACUGUAUGGAUAGCUCAACGCUAUCAAUGGUCGUUUAUCGAUGUAUAGAUAACGGGAUUACAGACAUUGAAAUAUGGAACAAGUUAACACUCCAGGCACUUAAACUCGCUAUGUCCUUGGAUACAUAUGUUAUAUCGAUUUUGUUCCUGUAUUUUUCUCUAAGCUGCCAUUACGACCAUAAAUUUGUCUCAACUUUCGUUGGCAGAAUUCUGGCAACACUAGAUCAGUUCACCUUGGAAGAAUGCUCUAAUGUAAUUUUGGCCAUGGAUAACCCGAAGUAUUAUCAUGAAGGGACCUUUAACUAUGUUAUGAAGCACGCAGAGAACAUCUGUUUAAAGGGUAAUCUAAACCCAGUCGAGUGUUUGAGGUUUUUGUCAAGUUUAAAAAACGUAGAAAACGUACCCCAAAACUGCUUCUUGUCGAUAGGUAACUUUAGAAAUUCAUGUGAAACUAUCGAAGUCAGCGACUUGAGUGUUAUAGACAAAGUUCUUGUCUUUGAUGGCCUGGAAAGCUGUUGUAGGUUCCAUGAUAGGGUAGGACCUUUGUGCUCAACCAGACUUUAUAACGAGUGCUGUGGCAUCUUGGAAUCCUCCAAAGAUUGUAACCACUAUUUCAACCUUAUUUUUUUAAACUCCGUCAUAACGUUCAACUUCAAAAACGAACAAUUGCUCAACUCUGUGCUUAAAAAAAUUAGUGAAAACGUUUACGACACCACAAUUGAGGAAAAAACACGCUACUUGUAUCUGUUAAGUAAACUGAUAAACCAGUGUGUCCCAAACAUCAACAACACCAUCACGAAUAAAGCAACAAAGUUGAUGAGCUCAUUUGAAAAGGAAGUUUCAAAGAAAUACCAGGAGAUUAGUAAAAAUGAUACUCUGUGGUUCGAGCUAGCAGUCUAUAUUUUAAACUCGAACAAGAGUUUGGACGCCUUACAAGUUUGUUUUAGUCAGUUUAAAUUAUUGAAAUUCUUGGACGAAUUUCCCAAUAAAUCCAGUAAUCUUAGUAAAAAACAACUACUGGAGCUAUACUCGAGUUUAUCAAAAACAACAAUUUCACCAGAAAUUUGUCCACAUUUUAUAAAUUCUUUGAUAACUGAAUGUUGGAAUUUGGAAGAUUUAAGCUUGUCUGAGCUGAGCACACUCCUGGAUUAUGACCACGAGUACUUUACUGGGGUCAUUUCGAGUGAUAAAAUGGACAGUUAUUUUAACGUUCUGAUCGAGGAAAUCACAAACUUAAGCUCAAAAGACUUGAUUUCACUAAUAAAAUUCUCUUCCAAGGACGUAAACUACAGUAACAAGCUUGUCGUAAAGCUGAAGGAGUGCAGGAAGUAUCUCUAUAAGCCAAACGCAAUAGUAGAAGUGAUAAAACUGUAUAAGAGAGCGGGUAAGGAGGUGGAUGAAUUCAUUUACGAGCUCCUGGAUGGAACAUAUAGAUCUAAAGAGGUGGUGGUAGGUCAAGAUAAGAAAAGGUUAAUUGAAACUCUGAGGGAAAGCGGCAUAAAUUAUAAACUGAAUAAAUCUUAG